ACUCGGCAACCAAUUGGCUGUCAAUAUGAGAAAGAUUACAUCCAAUUUCCGGUUGGGUUUCGGCUCUUUUGUCGAUAAGGUUGUCAUGCCUUACGUCAGUACUGUUCGCGAAAAACUGGAGGAGCCGUGCACUGGAUGUGCCGCACCGUAUGGUUUCCGAAAUCACAUGAAACUGGACACUAAUGCCAACGAAUUUGUUCGAAAAGUGGGCGAAACACAGAUAUCGGGCAAUUUAGACGCCCCGGAAGGCGGGUUCGAUGCCAUAAUGCAGGCAAUUGUCUGCAAGAAUGAGAUCGGAUGGCGAGAAAAGUCGCGAAAAAUGUUAGUCUUUACGACGGAUUCGGGCUUUCACUACGCGGGCGACGGAAAGUUGGGCGGAAUUGUUAAGCCUAACGACGGAGAGUGUCAUUUGGACAGAUCCGGUCUCUACACUGAGAGCACGACCCAAGACUACCCGUCGAUCAGUCAAAUCAAUCACAAAGUGAAAGACCACCAUGUUAAUGUCAUUUUCGCCGUCACCUCCAAUCAGUUCGAUAUAUACCGCCAAUUGGCCGAAGGCCUCAACCCUCUCAUUGAAGGCUCGACUGCCGGUAAACUAGAAAACGAUUCGUCAAAUAUCGUGGAUCUCAUUCAAGACGAGUACCUGAAGAUCACGUCCGCCAUUGAACUGAAGGACAACGCGACGGAUAACGUGAAAAUCACUUACUAUUCGUCGUGUCUUAACCAGAAGAAAGAGGAGACAAAGAUAUGCCGUGGGCUUAGAGUCGGCGACUCC